CCCAAGUUGAUUCCGAAUUUCAUGUUUCCCAGAGGUCCAAGGUUUGAACCGCCCAAGGUGUCAGAUACACCUGCACCUAACGCCUAUAAUGUUGCUCCAGACUCCCAACUCGACGCGUAUAAACGUGGCGCUUUCUUGGAGAAGACAGACAGAUUUUCGAAAGAGAAACCUGCUGACGUCCCCGGACCGAACAGCUACAACACGGAGACCAAGAUGACUACCAGCAAACCACCUGUCAAACCGAGCUCAAAUAAUGCCGACCGCUAUGCUGUUCUCCAGAGAAAAGUAGAGGACCUAGAGAGACUACAUAACGAGGACAAGAAAUCUCACAAAAAUGAAGUUGAUCGACUGAAACUCGAACUAUCUCGUGCGCAAAAGACAGUUGCAGAGCAAACUGCCCGACUCGACAAACAGAAGAAACAACAUGACGCACUUGAUCUCCGGAUACAGGAACUUAACAAAGCUGCUUCCUCUGACAAAGCUGAAAUCAAAGAGCUUCGCAUGAAGUUUCGUGUGGUGGAACAUGAGCGUGCACAGCUGUCCUCCAAGCACGAGGACGUCGCUGAAUGGAAGAAUAGGCGGAAGGAGGAAGUCAGGGAGAAGGAUAGAAAGAUUGCGAAUAUGGAGAAGGCAUUGGAAGCAGAGAAGAAGCAAAGAGAAAUCGCAGAGGCGUUGUCGAUGGAGAUGAGGGUGAAACGGGACGAGGGUGCUGAUGCUGCACGAGCAGCCAGCGAAGUACUUCAGUCAGAAGUUGAUGCUGCCCAUAAGGAAGCUACUCAGGCCCGCCUCGAGUCAGAGGAAUCAUCAUCCGAAGUCAACUCAUUGCUUCAGGACUUGCGCCGGCAUAAGCUUCUACUGGAGACCGUCUCCAACGAAUACAGCCGCCUCGCCACCACUACCAUCUCGAAGACGACAUUUUCCCGUUUACAGAGCGACCAUCUGGCGACAAGAAUGUAUACUUUCCGACUCCAACGGAAGCUAACCAACGCGGAGGGACAGGUCGUCGAGCUAGCUAAUCUGAUCCGUCAAGUGAAGGAUCAGAACCACUUUUUAGCAGGUCGAUUACGCGAGACUGAGGAAGAAAUUCGCUCGUUCUGGUAUCCCGCCCUUCAAUCGCAGGCCGUUUGUCGACAUUCUGUCGACGAUACCGAUGCCCUUGUCUCAGCUAUCGAAAAGGAUAUACACGAUGAAUCUGAGCUCCGAGACCACUUGGACAUGGAGAUUGAUAAGAUGUUUGUGGACUACUAUCGCUUGCUCAGCGUCGGUAUCCUUUCUUCGUAUUGUGAUGUGGACCUGGAACUGGCAGACACCAAGCAAUCGAAGCAGGAUUUGUCUAAGAGACUAGCGGAAGUCGAAGGAGAUUACGAUACACUAUCGACACAAGUUUCGCAGGCGAAAGGGGAACGAGAUACUGCUCGUCAAUUGCUGGAGACUGCCGAAAACUUGGCUGAGGGUCUGCGUCAGCAAGCCGAGGAGUAUAGGCGUCAAACAGUAGAUCUGAAGAAGAAGCUAGAGGAACAGUCCCAUGCUUAUAGGGAGGAACUUAAAGGAGAGAUGGAAAAUGCUCAGAGAUUGGCAUCCACCAUCCAGAAGCAGCGUAUGGCUGAGGAAGGGCUUCGGGCCGAAAUUGAGCUGCUCGGUGCCGAGGUGGCCAAUGCUGAACAGCUUCAGGAAGCCUAUCGUGCUCUUUCUGACGAAGUUGGCUCGCUUCUCGCGAAGAAUGCGCUGGCCGAGGACGUCGCUCAACAGCUGAGCAAAUUCAAUGCAGAAAUUAUCGGGCAUCAGAAUCCAGCCCAAAAGAUUCUGUAUGUUGAACGGAUACGAAAUGAACUAGCCGAGUCCAAACAGAAACAUGCAUUAUUAACACGGGAGCAUGAGGCUCUUGUUUCGCAGAAACAGGAGCUAAUGAACGAAAUCGACAUGUACAAGUCCGUUGUAGUGUUCAACAAGCCAAAGACCACUAUCACACGAGUACAUCGACUACCGCUGACCGACUUAAAUCAGAGCAUGAGUCAUUAUCUUCCCCAAGCGAAGGAUACUGGCUUUCAUCCACGUACACUAGAUACGAUACCAGCGGAUGGCGAAAUGACACUGGACGAGAUCCUGUAG